UAAAACGGGGCCAGUCGAGUUCUUAGGUUCCGCAAAGCCCAACAACAGAGAGGAGAGCUUCCUUUUCGUCUUCCCAUCUCGUUCUCGACGGUUGUCUACCAUCGAACCCUCUCCGCCGCCACACCCGUUCUUCGUUUCGUCGAAGCUCCAAGGGGUUGUUGAGCGAGGAGGAGGAGCGACCUCGGCGAGAUGCCGGAUCCCAACCUGGACGAUCUGGUUACCAAGACGGGCUCACCGACCAUGCGUAGGGCUGGAAGCCCCCCGAGCGAUGGUAGCAAUGAUGGAGACAACAGGGGGAGGAUGAAUGACCAUGGGGGCAUUGCUGAUGAUGCCCGGGAGGAUGAGUUUGAUGAAUCGCCGAGUAGGCUUGUCCCUCUCAAGUUCGACGACAUCAAGAGUAUAACCCUUCGGAGGACAAAGCUGGUGAGAUGGUUCAUGGAGCCCUUCUUUGAGGACCUGGUAUCUGGGUGCUUUGUGCGGAUUGGCAUUGGGAAGACAAAAUCAGGCCCCAAGUACAGGCUAUGCACAGUUAGGAACGUGGACGCCAGCGACCCAGAUCGGCAAUACAAGCUGGGCAGCUACACAACAUGCAAGUAUCUCAAUGCUGUGUGGGAUAAUGAAGCUAAUGCUGCUCGGUGGCAGAUGACCCAGGUGUCUGACUCCCCUGUUCUUGAAGAAGAGUUCAAGGAGUGGCUGCAAGACGCUGAAAAGAAUGGUGUGCGCAUACCAACCCGGCAGCAAGUGCUUGAGAAGAAAGAAGCCAUUGAAAAGCAGAUGCUGCGUGAGAAGAAAUCGGCUGUCAGACGUCCAAUGAAUGUUGCUGCUGAGAAGACAGGUUAUGCGAGGUUGGAGGCUGGAGAGGCUGGUUAUGAUCCUUGGCAGGAGCUCUAUGUCUCCACGAAUGGGAAGAAGCGGGAAGCCAGCAGCAUCGACCUUGAGGCAUCUGGCCACAGCGAGGCAGCAUCACGUGCGGUCCGGCCGAGGGAAAGGACCAACUCCAAGGGUGAUGCCCAGCGUGACGACUCCAACCUCGCAUUCAAAGACACGAUCAAGAAGAUUCUGGCCUACGAGGAGGCGAGGAGGGAGAAGUUCCAACAAAAGGAGGAACAAAUGAACAACUACCUCGCCAUCGAGGAGGCCAAUGCGGCGGCAAGGAUCAAGGAAGCCGAGGCCGCUAUGCUCGUCGAGGAGACAAGGAUCAUGACCGCCGACUUGAGCCUCCUAGACCCAGAGAGGCGAUCUUGGUUCGACGCCAGGAGGAAGAUGAUACAAGACCGAGAUGCGCCCUCGCAGGAUCGAGAUGCAGCCUCGCCAUCUAGUUGAUCGCCCUCAUUUCGUGCCAAAUCCGGGAUUUUUUUGUUUUAACGAACUAUGUUUGUCUGCCGGUUAGGUCUAAACAUUCAAAUGUUGAUUUGCUUGCUAA